UUUGACGCGAGGCUGCGGGCGCGAGCGGAGGGACGGACGGACGGGCGGCUCUGGCUGGCGGCGUGGAGGCGCCUCGCCCGCGGAUCCUGGCCUCCCCUCGCCCUCCUCCUCUUUCUCCUCCUCCCAAAUGAGCGGCGCCUCGCCCGCUGGACCCCACGCACGGACCUCGCCCGACAGCGGUCACAGCAGCAGCAGCAGCCCCGUCUCCGCCGCCGCCGCCGCCCUUUCGCCGGCGCUCCUCCUGCUCCUUCCCCCCGGAGACCCCUUCCGCCAGGCCAAGCGGCUGCCCAUCCGGGUGCUGAAGAUGCUGAGCGCCCACGGAGGACACCUCCUGCACCCGGAGUAUUUGCAGCCCCUCUCCUCCGCCCCGGUCAGCCCCAUCGAGCUGGACGCCAAGAAGAGCCCCCUGGCGCUGCUGGCACAGACCUGCUCGCAGAUCGGCAAGCCGGAUCCUCCGCCCCCGAAGGCUUCUUCCUCGGUGCCGGACAAGGAGCCCUGUGGACGCUCCUCUGGGGCCAAGCCCGUGCCCGAUCCGCCUGUCGAGGAUAAGUCCAGCUUCAAACCUUACGCCAAAGGAAGCGGUGGAGGAGGCGGUGGCGGAGGAGGCAAGGAGGUCUCCGUGGGUCCUGAGAAGAGCGGCUUCCGCCUGCCCACCGGUGCCGCCUGCCCGCCUUUCCCUUCACCCCAAGGCUCUGCCGCCUCCCCGGGAGGCUCCCGAGGCAGCUCACCACAACAACAGCAGCAGCAGCCGACAGAAAACAAAGCCCCCGAAGAGAGGAAAGAGCCCGAAGCUGCAGCAAAAGCCAGCCUCGAUGGUGGGCAGGGCACUGAGGGCAACGACAACAUCUCUGGGCGCAAGUCAGAGCCCCCUGCGCCCCCCUCGCUGGGAGGAGGAGGCGCAGGAGGGGGAGCAGGGCAUGUGGCCCCGGUCUCCCCCUACAAGGCGGGCCACUCGGUCUUCCCGCUGCCCCCCUCUGGCCUGGGAUACCACGGCUCUGUAGUAGGGGCCUACGCGGGAUACCCUUCUCAGUUCGUGCCCGCCUUGGACCCUUCCAAGGUGAGCGGGCAACUGCCAGGAGCACUGGGCCUGCCAGGGAAGCCGCCCAGCUCCAGCCCCUUGACAGGAGCCUCACCGCCCUCCUUCCUGCAGGGCCUGUGCCGGGACCCCUACUGCCUGGGCUACCACAGCGCCUCCCCGCUGGGCGCCAACUGCUCCAGCUGCCUGCAUGACCCUUCGGGCCCCCUCAAGAGCAGCUACCCUCUGGUCUACCCCGGGCACCCUCUCCAUGGGGCCCUCUCUUCCAGCGCAAGCCCCAGCUUACCAGGCCACCCGCUCUACACUUAUGGCUUCAUGAUCCAGAAUGAAGCCCUCAGCCACAUAUGCAACUGGGUAUCGGCCAGCGGGCCUUGCGACAAGCGCUUCGCCUCCUCUGAGGAACUCCUGGCCCACCUACGGACCCACACGGCUCUGCCUGGGGCAGAAAAACUCUUAGCGGGCUACUCUACCUCUGCCUUGGGCUCCUCGUGCCACCUGCACCUGCCGCCCACCGCCCCUGGCAGCCCCAGCUCUUUGCCUGGCUCCCUAUCUUUGAGGAGCCCACACACCUUGGGACUCAGCCGGUAUCAUCCCUAUGGCAAGAGCCAUUUGCCCCCCUCUGGGGCACUGCCGGUGUCCUCUUUGCCCGCUGCCGCCGGACCCUACUACUCUCCGUACGCCCUUUAUGGCCAAAGACUCACCUCAGCCUCUGCACUUGGAUACCAGUAACUCCAACCCUGCUCCUCCCCAUCCAUCGCCUCUCCCUUAGUUCGGUCCUGUCUCCAGACUUUGUAUUUAUUGACUGUAUGUUUUAGCUUCAAAAAAAGCUGGGAAUAUAAGUGCAUUAAUACACCAAUGCAGGGCCAUAGCCUGGAAGGGGGGGGGGGUUAAGGGUUCAAUCCCCCCCUUCCCAAAAUAUGACAGGUUAAAAAAAACCUGGUUUACUCAUGAAUUUAAACCGGUUAACCAAUUUAAGAGUAAACAAUUUUUUUAACCUGACAAAUUUGGGGGGGGGGGGGGUUUGAACUUUUAAACCCUGACCUCUGGUUACGGCCCUGUAACUAUGGGUCAAUAGUAUGCAAAAAAGAAACAAAAACAAAUGAACAAAAUACCUGACCGGUUUUUUCAUUUUCCAGGUGUGGGGGCUCUUAUAAUGGUGUUUUCUUUUCUUUUUUAAAUUUCCCCAUUCAUGUUUUGUUUUUAAAAAAAAUCCCUCUCAAUGCCCAUUUAAAUGCAAAUGUGAGUAGAUUAAUAGGGACCGCUCCGGCAGGAAGGUAACGGCGCUUCAUGCCGGCCACAUGACCUAGGAGGUGUCUACGGACAACGCCGGCUCUUCAGCUUGAAAACGGAGAUGAGCACCAUCCCCCAGAGUCAGACAUGGCUAGACUUAAUGUCAGGGGAAAACCUUUACCUUUACCUAAUGCCCAUGAACUGUUUUUUGCAUGAGUGGCAACAAAAGGCAUUUCUUCCUCUCCUUUUUUUUCAACCAAAAAAAUCAAUUUCUCUUCCUUUUGUACAGUUACCAGAAAUGUAAUUUCUCUUCUUCCUUUCUUUCUUUUUUCCUCCCCUUUUGGUGUAUUAUGUUUUAAGGAAAGGGUGGUGGGGGGUCGUGUCAAACGGGAUAUGCCCUCAGCUUUGUUCUAACUGCAAGACCUGAAGGGCACACAUGUGCCGGCAUUGCAUGCAGUGAGACGCACACAGGGCUUUGAUGCUGGGGUGCGAGCCUGGAUCACUUGGACUCCCUAAAAUGCCAUGUCUUUUCUCUUCCACAACGUCAAAGAUGCGCUAGAAAGAGAAAGCAAGCUGAUAUACUCAUCCUGGUUACCUGGAUCUUGCUGAUGACAACUUAUACCAUUUUUUUAUUUUUUUCCCCCCUGGAUUUUUAAUUUUAAGGAAUUGGCAAACAUUCUCAUCGGACUGCAACAGAAGUACUUUCUCUCAUGCACCAAAAGAAUACCUGGGGAAGAACCUUUGCUUAGCUUAGCUCCAUCUCGGGAUUCUUUGAAACGAGUCUAGCUCGCCUGUGGGGGGCAAAUGUCCCUCGACUGUAGGCUCAAAUCUAAAUACCAAAAAAAAACAAACCUAAACAAAGCAACCCUCCCCAUCGCCCUGCCCUCCCAAUGGCCUCCAUCGCCCAAUUUCUGUGUUAGGGUUUGGAGCCCCAUCUCCCCCAGUCCCCAGUCCUCAGUGUAUCGCAGAAUGGAAGGCUGCGGACUAUUUGGGGUGGAUGAGCUCCAUUCUGGUAAGUCUUAUUUUGUUAAUAAAUGAAUACUUGGCUAUA